AUGGACCUCCUUAAUAUGUCUGAAAAUGUUUCCUGUGCCCAGGUGCGCACGUUUUUGAUUCUAAAUAUGUAACUUAGGAAGCAAGGGCGAUGUAUGUCUCCGAAAAAGAGUCAGGAAUUGAGAACUAUGAUACCCAAUUUAUGUACGCCCUCGAGCUCCUUAAAACAAAAUCCAAGGAAGCUCUUCUCACAGCUAUCAGUCUGCUCGAAAGUAUCCCUUCGUUUUCUUAAUUCAAAGGUGGUUUUAAACGCAGUUCAAGACCGGAUAGGCGUAGGGAGUGCUUAUAUUUAAUCGCCAUUGCUCACACAAAACUUUGUGUAAGUCAUGUGUUCGUGCCUCCAAAAUCUUGUAAAGGACUACGAGAAAGCUCUCCAAUGUUGCAAAAGCCUGAUUGAAGUCAACCCGGAGGAUCACCAAGCCGUGGAACUGAAGGAAGAGAUUGAGCGGCGUACCAGACGCGGUAGGUUAUUUGGAUUUCAAUGCACCUUUUUGUCGCAAACAAAGCUUUCCAUUGGUACGUUUAGCGAUGAAUACUCUUUCGCGGCCGCACAUCUCUUCAGUACUUACGUUCAGGAAUUUUAGAGGGAGUUUUGGUUACUGACCUUGCAAUUUUUUGGGGGAUUGUUCCUGCCGGUGCGUUUUGUCGGCGCCUAGCAGACGGGUGCUAGCAGUGAUAUGACGCUUUUUAAAGCCGUUUUCUGUUAAGACUGGAAUUUUUAUUCCGCGUUCAGUAAACUCCGCUUUUUAUCUGUGUGCAUCCAUUACCGUACGUUACUUCGUUAGCCUACCUAUUUGUUCACUCAAGGCUUGUUUCCAAAAACUGAUGUUUAGUGUCUGCUUUUGGCAAAUACCGCCUCGUGUUUAACUAUUUAUCUUGCAAAUCUUGUUUCUGUACGAAGCGGUUGUUUUUUAGCUUGUUAAACUGGCCCUGGUCACCGAAGUCGUCUAAAAUGAAGGCGAAAGUGGAGGGCAUGACCUAGAGCUCUGUAUUUUACGACAGGCGCACUCCACGGCCAGAGUGCGUUUUGUCCGAAAUGACUUGGUCAGAGCUAUUUCAGAACAGCUUGAGUAUUUUUUUCAAUAAUCGAGGCUUGUCCUCGUUAAGAUCUUGCAGUUUCGUUGACCUCUGAAGAAUACUUGUUUCUUUUACCUGGUUCGCCGCAGACGUCUGAUUUAUCCCGGGCAUCGUCACUAGUGUCUAUCCCACGUUCCUUGACCCUCUGAAAGGUAAAACUCGUCCUAGGAGUUCAGUUUAAUCACUGCGAUUGGCUCUGUGUACGUGCUCGCUGUUGGUACAUAAUUGUAGGACCGCAGUGGACAUAGUUGACAGCCAUUGGCUGUCAACUUGAAGAAGUAGACAGUUUUAAAUACCUUGGGGCGAGGCUGCUGCCCAAUGGACAGAGUAAGGACGACAUUGUCUCCCGAAUCGAUGCUGCCCGCUGGGUUUUUUCAAGCCUUCGGAAAUGCCUGUGGAACCUACGUGACCUCUCCAUCGCCACAAAGAUUUGCGCGUACCGUGCGUCUGUCCGGUCUGCCCUUCUCUAUGCUUGUGAAUGCUGGGCUUUGCGCGUGGAGGACGAGCGAAAACUGGAGGUAUUUGACAACCACUGCAUGGUGGCCAUCCCUCAGGUGAACUACACCGACUUCGUCUCAAAUGAGACAGUCCGCGCUCGCUGCGACGACAUCGCAAGGAUAACUCAGGCCAUCCAAGAAAGACCACUGAGGUGGUUCGGGCAUGCUCUUCGUCGUCCACCUCAGGAGCUCAGUGUUACUGCCCUCGAUCCGGCACCGUUGCCCCAUUGGAGGCGUCGAAGAGAGGGUCAGUUCAAAACCUGGCUCGACACAGUCAAGACAUGGAGGUGGUUUUUGGACCUUCGGUAUUCGGUCUCCGUCGUUGGCGAAGGGAAUGGGUUGAGCUGUCCAGGUCUGCUGCUGCGGAUCGUCACGCGUGGAGAGGUACAGUUCGGGACAUAAUCGACGCCGGCUAGGUCAGGCAUGAUCGCAGCCGUAUCAAGUACAAGUACAAGUACAAUGGACAUAGUGUCCGUCAUUAUGUACCGCCACGGCUUUCGGGCUUUUCCACAGUUUUUUGGUUCCCACGACCUCUACAUUUAUCAACAGCUGAGUUGCUUUGGUUGCGGAUUGUGGCAUUAGACACUGACUGCUGAAGGGCCCAUGCUUAUAGACGUCUUGUUUCUAGACCUCUACGAGUUUAAUCGAGAGAAUACGCCAGAAGUCUGGAGUUGAGUCAUUGACACCCGAGUUGGCAAUCAUCUUAGUAAUGACACAUUUACAGAUUAGCCUUCAUUGUCUUAAGUCAUAGUACAACGCCACAGAGUUGACAACUUUCACCUAAUUGAAAACUUCGAGGUUUCGCCAACAAGUGGAGUGAACUUUCCACGCUUGUCCGGUUUCCGGACUUGACCUAAAGGGUGUCGAAUAUAUCGGGACGGACCCAUUUUUUCAAAGGCGGAAGGCGCCAUUAUAUGCGAUCGCUGGUUGGUAAUCAUUGAAUUAGGGACCCGUCUCGAUGCAGGUGCUUGUUCUAAAAAGAUCAGCAAAUGAGGCGGUUGGCGCGCGCUCGGGAGUUCGUAUGUUCGAAUGCCUUUGGGCUGUGUAUUGGUCGCUGUGUUCUACUGUUUGACCUAGCAAUUCGCACUGAUACUCUGCCUUCAUUUGUCUUAAAUGGACUUAAUAUUUCCCUCGAGCUUUGAGCGCCGAAAUUGUUCUUCUGGGAGUGAGACUGCAAUCAUUGAAAACUGUCCCGUUUGACCGAUUAAGCAUCAAAACCACUAUAUGAACCCUCGGCAUAUCCCGUUUUGUUUGUCUUGUCCAGAUGGUCUCACUGGUCUGGCCCUAAUCGGUGGAGCUGCGUUGGGUGUGAUAGGCGCUAUAACAGCUGUGGCUCUUGCGUCUCGUCACUCCAGAUGA